GACUGAAUUAUUUUGAAAGCAAACAAAAUUUGAAUAUUUAUAUUAAUCUCAACUUCAUGUAAUUAGCUUAUACUGAUAUUUAUAGGGCCCUCAACAGCUGUCUCUCCUUCAAAGACUUCUUGCUUUCUUUACCCAUUCAUUGCACAUUAGGGUUUUCCCCACCUCCUCCAAUAAUGUAUUUUUCACUUGAGACUUUGAUGGUUUUUCCUCCUUUUCUUCAUCUCCCUUCUUCAUUUCAUGUUGGGGCAAAAGGGCCACUUUACUUGAUAUGGCUUCUGAAUCAAGACUCGUAAUCACCAAACGCGUUACAUCUUCUAUCCCGACAUCUAUCCGUAUUACCAUAUAUUAUUCGCGAGGACUCGAAUCUAAAGAAACCCCAUUGUAUCAAAUCCUCUAUCAUCAGAGUGCUUCAAAUAAUAUGUCUAAACUCCAAAUAGAUGAAGUUCCCUUAGAAAGUCCCAAAAUCACAAGCAUGAUUCAAAUAAAACAGUGACAUCAACAGUCUAUAAUAAUGUGCAUUGCACGAGUCAUGGCAUGUGUAAAAAUGAAGGCAGCAAAGCAUAAUUCAUAAUAAAGUAAGUUGGCAAACAAGGAUAAUAUAGACCCCAUAAAAAAGCAUAAGAUGAAUCAUACAUAUGUUUUCCCUCCACAAAUAAGGCCGACCCUCACUCACUUUUGGUGCAAGGCCCACGUGCCCGGCACGUGAAACUCAUCAUAGAAAAAGAUGAAAUUAUUGAAAGAGAAGAUAACAAAGGGCAACUACAAUUGACAGGAAGCCAAAGCUGAGUUCAUUAAGAAAAUCUUACAAUAGCAAUGUAUUUAUGAGUACUAUUUUCUAGUUGUCCACAUUAAGGAAGCACAUACUAUGCACACAAAUCCGAUGUUCAUUUGCUACUCUUAGUUAGGCUAAGUCUUUUUUUAUCUUUAUUAGUUUCGACAAUCUCGUUUUCAGCAGUGGUACUUGAUGGCAAAGAAGAAGACCUGGUUCAGUCUAAUAAAGAGGUUCUUCAUUUCAGACCCACAAUCAAGAAGAGAAAAGGAUAAGCGAAGGAGAUGGGUAUGCCGAUUGCUUAAGGUGAAAGAGCUCGUGCCAUCCUCUCCGAGAGAAAGGCUGCCAUGGCAACUCACAGAACAUAAUAAUACUACUUCUCUUCCAGUAACCGUUACAACAGACACUCCUGAGCUUCGGCAGAUCCCCGGAAAUGGGGAAACAGCCCAUCAACACAAGGAGAGUCCAGAAUCUUCUGAAAGCUACAGUCAUGCCGGUAUUCUGAAACUCCCUCAUCAACGCAACAGAGAGUCAGAAGCUUCGGCUGCUAUCAAAGUUCAAGCUGCAUUUCGCGGUUAUCUUGCAAGGAAAGCACUAAGAGCACUGAAAGGAGUCGUCAAGCUUCAGGCUCUCAUUCGUGGUUGGGCUGUUCGACAGCAAGCUAUCAACACUCUCAAGUGUCUACAGUCCAUAGUAAACAUUCAAUCAGAAGUUUUCUCAAAGAGGUGUGAAAGAGUUGAGUUGCAGUGUAAAGAUUACAAAUCACAUGAUUUCAGCGAAAAGGACAUAAAGGUGGAUUUGAAUAGCCAAAAGAGGUGGGAUGACAGUACAUUGACCAAGGAAGAGUUAAAAGCUCUGCUUCUAACUAAAAGAGAGGCAUCUAUCAAGAGAGAAAGGGUCAGAGAAUACUACUUGAACCACCGGAGAUCAGCAGAAACUGAACGUGACAAGGUAUAUGGGAGACGAAGAUAUUGGUUAGAACAAUGGGUAGAUUCCCAGCUAGCUAAAAGUGAGGGUCCAGGCAAUUUUGGUAGAACUUUGUCAGCUAAUUCAAGAAACAUAGAUGAAAUUGGGGGCAAACCGAGAAAUUUUCAAAAUCAAUUUCAAGCAGACAUGCCAGAGUCUCCUGCACAUGUCCCAAGAAAAUCUUAUCAUCAUAGGAAGCAGAGGUCCACAGGAGAUGAAAAUUUAUUUGUAGGUUCUCCUAUCGUUCCUGCAUACAUGGCCUCAACAGAGUCUGCCAAAGCAAAAGCUAGAUCAUCGAGUUCGCCAAGAUUACGACCACUUAGUUUUGAUGUAUGUUCUGAGAUCACCUCUCCUUAUAAGCAUAAGCUCUCUCCAAUAUCAUCCAUUAAUAAUGAGCUGACAAGCAGUAGUUGGAUUGGGAAUCAUAUGGGAUCCUCACAUCGAUCUCCACGCUUUAAAGGGUCACCUGGUCCAAUCAAAUCAACAAUGAGCUCGAAGGACAUUAAACUUUGGGGGCUUCACCACCAAACUGGUACUAAUGUUGCUCCCACAGAUUGUGCAUGUCCAAUGCGGAAAUAAAUUGUAGCAAGUAUCUGGGAUCGGGUUAUUUUACUAAAAAUUUUAUGUAAAUUAUUGUAUUUUAUGUCUUAUAACCAACAAAUGAAGGAGCUUGCCAGUGAUGACUCCAUUCUGCUACAAGAAUUGGAAAGGAGUGUAUCUCUCUGAUUUUCACUCUACCGAAGUUCAAUGAUCAACUAACACCACUUAUUUCUAAAAA